AUGAAGAGGGCAGGAAUAGUUGGCUUGAUGAUGUUCUUAUUGUUCUUGAUCGCCGUUUGGGAUGCGGUUCCGGUGGCGAUGGGGGACACAACGCCGAGCCAGUGUAAGGAUGAGAAGAAGCUUUUCGUUGAUGCUUGCAAGGCAGUUGUCACUGGGAGUAAUCCCUCUGCAUACUGCUGCCAACGAGUUAGGGUCACUCAUCUUGAGUGUGUGUGCCCCUAUAUUACUCCCAAAGUUGCCAAUUUGAUCAAUGUCCCACGUCUUGUUAAGCAAAUUCAAGGUUGUGGAAGGAGACUUCCUCACAACUUCAAAUGUGGAAGUAUCACCUUUCCAUGA